UCCGCGGCGCAGACUGCCCCGAGGGCGGGAAAGGGUGCUCACUGGAGCUCGUGCCUCCGGGGAGGGGAAAUUGGAGACGCGGCCCCGGGCCCGGGGGUGACCCUCUGUGCCGCAAAAAACCGUUCGAGCCUGACGCUGUCCAGCCCGCCCCAAGACAUCUGCGGACCCUUGUCCCUCGCCUGGCUUCCCGUCUGGUCAUGGCGAGAUUCUGGGUCUGCGUAGCCGGUGCUGGCUUCUUUCUUGCAUUUCUGGUUUUGCAUUCGCGUUUUUGUCGCUCUCCAGUUUUGAGGAACUUUACUUUUGCCGUUUCCUGGAGAGCUGAAGAAAUUCUUUACCGGCUGGAUGUGGGUUGGCCUAAGGACCCAGAGUAUUUUACCGGAGCAACAUUUUGUGCUGCAGUUGACUCCCUCAACGGAUUGGUUUACAUAGCUCAAAGAGGGGAUAACAUCCCAAAGAUAUUAGUGUUCACAGAGGAUGGGUAUUUUCUACGAGCCUGGAAUUAUACCGUUGACACACCUCAUGGUAUAUUUGCAGCAAGUACACAAUAUGAACAAUCCGUCUGGAUCACAGAUGUAGGAAGUGGAUUCUAUGGUCAUACUGUUAAAAAAUAUAGUUCCUUUGGUGAUCUUGUUCAAGUCUUGGGUACUCCAGGCAAAAAAGGCACUGGUUUGAAUCCCCUGCAGUUUGAUAACCCGGCAGAAUUAUAUGUAGAGGACACAGGAGAUAUUUACAUUGUGGAUGGAGAUGGAGGAUUGAAUAACAGAUUGAUCAAACUGUCCAAAGAUUUCAUGAUCCUUUGGCUGCAUGGAGAAAAUGGGACAGGGCCUGCUAAGUUCAACAUACCUCACAGUGUUACACUUGAUUCAGCUGGUCGGGUGUGGGUUGCUGACCGAGGAAAUAAAAGAAUCCAAGUAUUUGAUAAAGACACAGGGGAGUGGUUAGGAGCAUGGAAUAAUUGUUUCAUGGAAGAGGGACCUUCUGCAGUCAGAUUUACUCCUGAUGGGAAGUACUUGAUUGUGGCCCAGCUGAAUCUUAGCAGGCUCUCAGUUGUAGCAGCACCCCCUGUGGGAAGCAUUGGAGAGUGUUCUGUGAUCAGCACAAUCCAACUAGCAGAUCAAGUUUUGCCGCAUCUCCUAGAAGUUGACAGAAAGACUGGAGCAGUCUAUGUAGCAGAAAUUGGAGCAAAACAAGUACAAAAAUAUGUCCCUUUGAAUAGCUAUGUUCCUCCAUUUGGUUCGUAAUGUUUAUUUCCUGGAAAUAUUUCAAGUGGCAAUUCAGAUUCUCAAAUUCACUAAGUGCUUUCAGCACAUCAUUAAAAAUGAUGUUCAAGCACAAGAAUUGAUUUUUACCUGAUCUAGUAUCAGAAUGGUUUGUUUUAUAUCAUUAAGAAUCAUACGUUUUGUUGCCCUCUUGAGACUUAGUUUUACUUAAAGUGCAUAAGGAUAUUUUUAUGAAAGGAAUAUAACUUAAAAAUGGGGUUGGAAAGAGGGACUAAGGUUGUAACCUCAUUAUUUGCCCUGGUAGACUAAUUCUCCCUGGGUAAAAAAGAAAAUGGGAAUAAAAGUGAGCUUGCAGAAUAAUUUAUUAAAUUUCACAUGAAGAA